AUGUUGGUGCUUGAUAAAGAAAAAUGUUAUAAAUGUAUUACAUCCAAUGCAUACAGCCAUACAGACUCGGAAUUUCUGAAAUCAGAAAAUAAUCAGAACAGAGAUGCUGGAUCAACUGCUUCCACUGCCAUCCUUGUUGGUGAUCGUUUGCUGGUUGCAAAUGUUGGGGAUUCCAGAGCUGUUAUUUGCAGGGGAGGCAAUGCAAUUGCUGUUUCUCGAGAUCACAAGCCUGACCAAACUGAUGAGCGACAACGGAUUGAAGAAGCUGGAGGAUUUGUUAUGUGGGCUGGAACUUGGAGAGUUGGUGGUGUACUUGCUGUUUCGCGUGCAUUUGGUGAUAGGCUUUUGAAGCAGUAUGUUGUUGCUGAUCCAGAAAUUCAGGAGGAAAAAGUUGACAGCUCCCUCGAGUUCCUUAUCCUUGCAAGUGAUGAUGGACUAUGGGAUGUCGUCACAAAUGAGGAUGCUGUUGCAGUGGUAAAACCAAUUGAAGACACAGAGGAAGCAGCAAGGAGGCUGAUGCAGGAAGCCUAUCAGAGAGGCAGUGCAGAUAACAUUACUAUUGUUGUCGUCCGUUUCUUGGUAAACCAAGGGGAGUCUGCUAAUAAUGGCUCCGGUUAAGGAUCUUCUUUGCCGGCACCGAGGGGCUUGGUUCUCCACCUGAUGCAAAGUCAAACGACGGUGUAUUGCCGGAGACCAGCAAUUGUUUUUGGAAAUAUUCAACAGGAAAAAAACCAUGUUUCUUGUUUUUGAGUAUUUGGACUGUGAUCUGUUUGAUUACAUGAAGACCAACACGUUCGACGCUAAGAAUCUGCAAAGAAUAAAAAAAUUUCUGCUUCAGAUUUCUCUGGUGUUGCAUAUUGUCAUUCACAGAAAAUUAUCCACCGAGAUCUGAAGCCUGCGAAUUUGCUGGUAGAUACCGGUAAAAAAAUCGUGAAAAUUGCAGACUUCGGAUUGGCCAGGGCAAUUGGUGUUCCCUCUAAUACAUACACUAACGAGGUAUCAGUUUUACUUU